CCAACCUGGACACCUUCUCCCUCAGAGCCAUGGUAAAAAAGGGUGUGUCCUUCCGUACAGGCCACACCAACCAACACGCUACUAUGGGACAUUACCCUAGACACAGGUCCAGAUGGAAGUGUUGGAGUAAUCUGUCAGAGAAAGACAUCUGCAAACGUGAAAAGAUUAAGCAAACUCCAAGCAGUUCUUCAGAUGGAUUUUGAAGUGGAGGAUGUCAGCAGUCAAUCAGAGAUUCAGGUGAUUAAGUGGGAGUUGACUCUUCCUGAUGAAGUCAAAAUGAUGGGGGCGUCUGAAGGCACCAUGAGGAUCUACACCACUCAGAGGGACUUUGUAGGCCUGGCUCCUCUAGUUAUGGACACUGAGCUGUUGAACACUGCCGUGCUGACUGGUAAGAGGGUUACGGUUGCUGUACGAACCAUUGCUGUGGAACAGGAUGGUUCUGUAACGGAUGUCUCUGACUUUGCUGACUGCAGCUCCACAGAUGAAGAUGUUCUUAAGGUGUCUGACAGAUGCGACUUUGUGUAUGUGAAUGGAAAAGAAACCCAGGGGCGACUGCGGAUGCUGGUGAACUUCACCUACAGUUACCUGAGCGCCCAGCUGGAGAUGAGGGUUUGGUUCCCUCGUCUGCCGCUGGAUAUAGAGGUGUCUGAUACAGAGCUGAGUCAGAUCAAGAGCUGGAGGAUCCCUAUCAUGUCCACCAAGAGCAAACCAGGCUGGAACAGUGAGGAAGAGCGUAAGGGCCGGGGCUGUAUGCUGCAGUACCAGCAUGCUUUGGUUCGAGUACUCACUCACUUUGUGGCAGAGCAGUCAGACUCACGGGAGCCACAAGCCUUCUUCCUGGGCUCUGACUGGCAGGUGGAUGUGACCAGGCUGGUGCGGUACUUCCUGAAGGUUGAGGAUCCUAAUAUUGCCCGCCUGCAGGCAGGCAGGGUGCUGUCAGGACAAGAUGUGGGCACCACAUCUAUAAAGGUCCUUUCCCCGCUGUCAGACUCUAUCCUGGCAGAGAAGACGGUGAGGGUUGUGGAUGAUCGAGUGACCAUCACUGAACUGGGGCUGCAGUUGGUCAGUGGUCUCACACUCAGCCUGCAGCUCAGCACAGGAAGUAACCGAGUCAUCAGUGCCACAGCAACCACACAGGAAGUGCUCAGCAAUCCUAAACAGGAGGCAGUGUUGAGCUCCUGGCUACAAUUUAGCGAUGGCUCCCUCACCCCUCUGGACAUCUAUGACCCUACUCACUAUCGCCUGGCUGUAACAUCGCUGGAUGAGGGUGUGAUCUCUGUGCAGGAGUCGUCUAUGACUAUUGUGGCAGAAGGUGAAGGCCAAGGAACACUGGUGAGAGCCGAGAUGACCAUUUGCGAGGUCUGUCAGAAAUCAAAGCGUAAAAGCACUUUAGCUGUAGGUAGUGGGAGCUUAACUGUAAAGUUCCAGACAAACAGCAGACGUCCUGAUAACAGCAGCAUCAAUAAUAAUGACACGGGAAACAGCACAGGACUAUUUGCUGGUGUCACUGGGAAAGAUAAUAGCAGUGAGCGAGGUGAUGAAGGAGAAGAAGCAGGCACUGAGAAGAAGCUGCAGCAGCCAGAACAGGUUUCGAGCAGAAAUUCAGAGUCAGAGCGAGAGGAAAGUGCCUUGAUGAAAAUCACCACCACAGCCAAGUCGACAGCACAAGACUCAACCGUUGGGAGCAUCGCAAAUGAUUUGGGAAUGGGACGGGCUAAUGAUGCCUCGGCUGGAGUCAGUAAACCUGGGAAUAUUUUAAACAGUGGAAAUUUCUUUAGUACGGGAAAAGCUGGCAGCGAUGAUCGCCCAGGAAUUUCCUGGAGUAGUAAUGAAGUUCCUGAGGGUUCAAUGUUAAGCACUGGGAAGGCUUCUGGGAACUUAGUGAACUACAAUAACUACCCUCCCCAAGUUGAAACCCCCAAUCAGGAGCCAAAAAAUGACUAUGGAGAUGAUGAUGAUAAUGACGACAUUGAGGGUCCACUAUCAAACCGUCCACUUACAGACCUGGAGAUCGGGAUGUAUGCAUUACUGGGAGUCUUCUGCUUGGCUAUUAUAGUAUUUAUGGUAAACUGUGUAUCAUACUUGGUUAAAUUUCGGCACAAGCAGACACCUGCUCAAGUUUCUGAGCAGACUGGUCACCGGCAUGACUGGGUAUGGCUGGGAACAGAUGCUGAGCUGGUUAUGAACGUCACUGGAAAUCCGUUACAGCAAGAUGCUCACAACACGUCUGUAAUUGACAUAGGACCCAAUACAGAGCCCUGUGGCACUCUCACUCGAAGGACCUCUUGCCAGGUGUCUUCUGUGUCAAAUGACUCCAGUGUUGGGUGUGUAGGAUCCCUUAAACCAGUCCGAAGUGAGUCCCUACACUCACCCACUAGUAAGAGGAAAAGGGUACAGUUCACCACCUUCACAUCCUUGGAUCGACAAACUUCUCCCCAAACUCUACCACAAGAGAACGGACAUGGCAUUAACUGGGUGGGAAAGGAGGACAACUGUAUGACACCUGAGGUGUCAGCUGCUGAGUCUGUGCAACCGCUAUGAUCGUGGGCUCACAUGCAGCCUGAUUUAUGCACACAUAGUGCAUAUCUCUAUAACAGGGGUUGGCAACUCUGGCCCUCAAGGUCCACUGUCCUAACCCUAAUCAAACCCACCUGCUUGUAAUUUUUUUCCUAAAAAAAAGUUUUCCUAAAGCUUUUGGUUAGACUUUUCAAGUGUGUUUGAUUAGGGUUGGAGCUAAACUCUGCAGGUCAGUGGACCUCAAGAUCCAAAGUUGCCCAUCCCUGCUCUAUACAAUCACCCAAAUGCCUUCUUUCUUUGGGAAAGUUGUUCUGUUGGACUGGCUACACUGGAUUAUGGUCAAGAUAAACAGUACAGCUUCAUGGCUUUCAUGAGGCCAAGGUGUAACUUGAAAGACUUUUGAUUCUGCCUCAGAUCAUGGUAAAAGGGAGAGAACACACUCUUGCUAUUAUUAUUAAAAGUACCCAAACGAAAACCACCUUGAGGUAAUUAGCCAAGCUCUUUUUUUUUUUUGUAUUCCUCAAUGGGUUUUCACUGGAAAAUUUCAAGAUUUAAGAUAAAUUGUCGAUCUUUGUCUAGAGCCGAACACUGAGUCACUAUCUUCUCUUUGUUUGUUACUCUGCAUCCUUCCAUUUUUUAUACAAAAGUGCAUGUGAUUAUUGUAUAGAUAAAAGUUCACUUUGUUUGAAGAUAUUUUACCACCCUGCAUUUGUAUGUACAGUCAAUUGUUUCAUUUUCCAUUAAAAAGACACAU